AUGGCGGCAGCUGGAGGCGGAUUAUCAGCCUCGGUUGUCGUUGCAGGCACAAAUACGACGGCCACAGUACGUUGUCGUUUUCCAGGUCGGCCAUGGACAUCUCGCAGUCAAGUGAAGACGGAAAAACGUUUGAAAGUUGGUAGGCUGGGAGUUGAGGACAUAGUGACUCGGUCAAGAGGGCCAAGGCCCAUCAACAUUGAGCCUACGCUGAGAGAGGACCCAUCAUUGCUGCGCUUACUCGGGCUUGCUGAGAAACUUAGGCGCCAGAGGGAGGCGGGUUUUUGCACAAGCGAGAGCGAUGAGGAGGGAGAUUUCACAGGCUUCCAGGCAGACAGGCGGUGGUCCUUGCGCUCUGGACAAGGCGUUUCACAGAGCAGUCCUCUUAAGUCAUCUUCACUACUGUUGGCUGAAAAGCCUUCUCUGGCCCCCGAUCCACCUGCAAAUGACAGAAAAAUCACUAUUUCAGAAAGAGAGGUUAGGGCCAGUACAGAGACGGAUGGUGCAUGUCCAUCAGAGAAACCUGAGAAGCAAGGCGGGAAAGGUCUCAAAACUAACCUUAACACAAAGAGAUCCAAACAAGUUGUUAAACUGACCACCAAAAAGGUUAUCAAGAAAAAUGCUUUAGGUAGUCAACAAGUGAAAAAGACUUCUUCAUGCAGGGUUGAAGAGAAAACACCCAACAAGAAAGAAGGGAUUAACUUUUCAGCAAGAGAAGAAAAUGGGGCCAUGGAGGAUUGGGUGUUGGAUGAAUUGGGCGACAAUGGUGAGACAUGUGCAGGAACUGAAAGCGAGGCAGAGAGGCAAGAUUCUACCAAUGUAGCAGAGAGUCAAAGGAAGCAGAGGAAAUUUGUGUGGACUUUAACGCUGGUCAAGGGAAGAGAGAAAGCUUCUGAAAAGAGACAUUUGAAGAAACCUUUGGAACAAAACUAUAGAAGACGUGCUAACACUGCUCCACGCCAAUCUCAGGUCAGGAAGUCCAAGAUGUUAGUCACUACUGACAAAGCUGCAUCUGUCUCUCCCAGAACCACUGGGAAACAGAAGGUCCACAAGGUGACCGGUGUGUCUCCUGAACUGGGGAUUGAGGCAGAACAGGGAAACACAGUUUCUCCUGAUGGCAGCACAGGAGCGUCGAGUGCCAGUUUUCCACCUUUACCCAAAAACAAUUCUCCACGCGUGCUAAAGCGGCGCAAGUCUUUGUAUGGCUACCGGAGGAAACCAGAGCAGGAGAUGAUUCGCAAAAUGCGUGAGUCUCGGGCCCAGGUACUGGGGAAGAUCCCCAGGAAAAGACGGCGUCUUGUAUACUACACUUAUGAAGUUGUGGAUUCACCGGUGAGUCAAGACCAGGAGCAACAGCCACUAGGACAGAUGGAAGCGAGUCAGGAAGGUCUCACGGACAGCACUGUGGUUGGUGCUCGGCCAUCCAGAGUGAUCAAGGUGCCUAGAAGGUUCAUGGAUGACGAAGCUGUCUCUGGGCUCCCUGUAAAGAAGCCUGUUCAAACUGAAGUCCAGCCAGACGAGUCCAGCUGUGAAUCAGAGGCAGCUGAUUCCUCCCAAACUGAGGAAUUGAAAAGCAAACGGAAGGGCACAAGACUGCGUAACAUUGGCGAAGAUGAGAGCAACUGUGUUGGGAAAACGAAGCCUCUGACUCGGUGUGGAAAACCCAGUACAUCCUCAGACGCUCCACGAAAGAAGGAGGGGAGACUUGCUUACGAUUCAAGCCACCUUAAAAUUUAUGAGAGGCUGAAGAAGCUGACAGCAAGCCUGGCUCAAAGGCGAGAACAGAGGAUGGCCAGCACACGUUCCAGAGCCCAUGGCGAGAAGCCUGAGGGAGAGGCCCAGGCUGCGGGGGAACCUGCAGCUUCUCCAGAUGCAAAAAGAGAGAAAAACUCUGAUAUAAAGAUGGAGGAUUUGAAUUCUCCAGGGGUUAUACGCAAAUUAGCUAUACAUGUCGGAGAUAUGGCUGGGCAGACAGCACUUGCCUCCAUUGACAGAGGUAAAGAUGCAUCCCAACGAACUGAGAGUACCAACCUGGAGGGCUCUGAUGUGCAAAAUCAGGAUGCAAAAGAUUCUCAGGUGGUGGUGGAACCAAGUAGUUCCAUCCACAAAAUCAACCUCUCUGGUGCCAACAAGAGGAUGCUCCACCUGCUGAAAAGAGCAAAGGUGCAGCUGAUUAAAAUUGACCAACAGAAACAGCUGAAGUCAGGUCAGCUGUUGUCUGGUACAAUUAGAGUUGGGGAUGGUGCCAUUACAGUCAUGAGGAAGAGGAGAAUGAGGAGGAGGAGACUGGGCAAUCGGACAAACAUGGAAGGAGCUCCUCAGGGGCAUCUGAUUGGCGGUCCACGGAUCAAACAUGUAUGUCGAGCCGCUGCAGUAGCACUAGGCCAGCCCCGUGCAAUGGUGCCUGAUGACAUCCCCCGACUCAGUGCCCUGCCUCUUCAUGAGAGAGAGGGUAUCACACCCUCGCCUGACACUGAGGAUCUUGGUUCUCAUUCAGAACCUGAGAGCACUGGCUCUGGUGAACACAGACCAGUGUACAGGCGUAAGGCUUUCGGCUUGCGGCAGCAACGCUGCCUUCGCUGCAGGGGCUGCUGUCGGGAAGAGGACUGUGGGACGUGUGUUUUUUGUCUGGACAAGCCAAAAUACGGAGGGCCCAAUAAGAAACGCCAGAGCUGCAUCUAUAAGAAGUGCUCAAGGAUUGAGGAGAACAAAAUGAGACGAAUGAAAGUUCAGAUGAAGCGACGGCGCGUGGCAACGGUUUGCGCAUCCGGUGGCAGAGGGGAAGAGGGCGAGCAAGAUGAUUCAAGAGAGGUCAGGUCACAUGCUGAGGACCCCUUGAAUGCUCCAAGUCCCACCCGGAGGCAGCCGAGGCGGCAGGUCACGCCAAGAUGUUAUAGCGACCUGCUGGAAUCUGACUCCACUGAUACAGAGGCACCCAGCGAAGAGGCAGAAAAAGAAAAGAGCAACAUCGUGCCAAGUAAUCAGGCCGAUGAUUGCACUGCACCUACUGAUGCUCAAGAAGAUGCAGUGAAACCUCGGAGGCCAGGUCUGACAAGAGGACUGUGGGGCCGUCGUCGAAUCGAUAAGAGCUCAGUGGAGCACACACCGCCUAGUGUCCUGGCCGCCCUGGCCAACGGCUUUGCACAACGGGAGCCACAGGCACGAGAGGCGGCACACAAAAUCCGUGUGGACUUUAAGGAGGACUGUAACAUUCAGAAUGUUUGGGCGAUGGGUGGGCUGAGUAUUCUCACAUCGGUUCCAAUGACAGCCGAGUAUGUGUGUCUGCUCUGCGCUAGUAAAGGCCACCAUGAUAUGAUCUUCUGUAAAAUGUGCUGUGAGCCCUUCCACCGCUUCUGUCUUCCAUUGGACGACCGUCCGCAGACCAACAAGGAGAACUGGUGCUGCAGGCGCUGCAAAUUCUGCCACGUCUGUGGCCGCAAGAGCAAACAGGGAAAGCCGGUUUUGCAGUGUAGAAGGUGCUUGUACUGCUACCACCCCUCCUGUCUAGGACCCUCAUAUCCUAAACCAAUAAAGUGCAGUACACCAUGGGUCUGCAUGUUGUGUAUUCGGUGCAAGAGCUGCGGCGUGACACCGGGGAAAUCGUGGGACUUGGCCUGGAACUAUGAGCUGGAUCUCUGCCCUGACUGCAGCAGCCUCCACAGCCAGGGUAACUUCUGCAUCGUGUGUCUUAAGUGCUAUGAAGAGCAUGAAUUUGACAGCAAGAUGAUGCAAUGUGCUCGCUGUGCUCACUGGGUACAUCCCAAGUGUGAGGGGCUCACAGAUGACUUGUAUGAGAUCCUGAGCAGGCUGCGGGGGAAGAGUCUGGUGUUCUCCUGUGCAGCCUGCAGUAAGAGUUUCCCCAGCGGCUGGCAGGAUGUGGUGCAGGACGUGCUACGCUCCGGACUGGAGAAAGUCAUGAAUGGCUUGCGGACCUCCCCAGCUACCUGCCACCUGCAAACCUGCUCACAGGCAUGUCCUGAUGCUGAGAGUAUAAAGGCCAGGAAGGCAGUGUGUGAUCUUCAUGCUGUGGGAAGAAAGCUUGAGGAAGGCCAGUACAUGUCACUGAAAGUAUUUCACGAAGAUGUGGUGAUGGUGCUCAUGAAGAGGCUUCAAGAUGAAGCAUCUCUUCCAGAGGGUCAGAGGCCCACAGCCCAAGCCAAGGCCUUAUAUGUAAAGUUACUGGAGCAAGCUUUCAGUUGGUUUGACAGUCAGGACCCUAAAAUGUGGAAACCCAUUAUGAAGGAAUUCCCAAGUGGUAUGCUUGCUGAGGCGAUAAUUCCACCCUCUGAUGAGCACACUUAUGCACAGUGGUUGGAGCGGCAGGACCGCAGUGUUACCAGGGCAAGAGAGACCCAAGAAAACUAUUUAAAAGCACUAGAUCCUCAGACUAUGACUCUGCCCAGUGUAGAUGAAAGACAGUGCUCUCUCUGCCAACAGCAGGGUGAUGCCAAACCCAGUGAGGCAGGCAGGCUGUUGUACUUGGGACAGAAUGAGUGGGCUCAUGUGAACUGCUGCAUUUGGUCAGCAGAGGUGCAGGAGAUUAAAGGAGCCUUGUUGCAUGUACACAGUGCUGUAGCCAGGGGGCGAUUCAUGCGAUGUGAGCGGUGUGGUCACACAGGAGCAACAGUGGGCUGUUGUCUCUCUUCAUGUCAGAGUAACUACCACUUUAUGUGUGCUCGCGCCAGCCACUGUGUCUUUCAGUGUGAUAAAAAGGUCUACUGUUACAAACACCGGGACCUCAUCAACAACAAGACGACGAAUGGCUUCGAGGUUUUGAGACGGGUUUACGUAGACUUUGAGGGUAUUAACCUUCGCAGAAAGUUUCUAACUGGCUUGGAACCAGAGUGCAUCAACAUGAUGAUUGGCUCUCUACAGAUUCACAAAUUAGGUGUGCUGACAGAGUUCUCUGCAAAUUCAGGGAAAUUGUAUCCUGUGGGUUACCAAUGCACUCGAUGGUACUGGAGCACAAUUGACCCAAGAAAACGAUGCCGGUACACUUGUAAAGUGACUGACGUGCGACCAUCAUCACCAAGGGGUGCUCAGAAUUCAGCUCAAAACCAGGAGGAGAACUGCACCAUUGCACACAGCCCAAAACCACACGAAGAUGUGGACAUUGCUAAGACUGGUCCUGCCACUGAGCUGUGCCAGGGUACCCUGUCUCCUAACAUUACAUUGGACACAGGAGCAGGAUGUAAAACUCCAGGCCACACACACAACAGGAGACCCGCUGGUGGAACUUUCCGACCGCUGCCCUCUCCAGGCACUGCAGCUUCUACUUCUCAUCACAUCCUGACCAUUUGUGACCUUGAUGAGACGCGCCGUUCAAGGAGACUUUCCCUUCGAAGCCGAAAUGGUUCUCCUCCCCAUACCUCUCCUUCGGGCCCAAUGAAUCUGCGAUCAGGAGGAACCCUUCAUCCUAGAUCACUUCCAUUUAGUUCCCCUGUUUCUCCACUUGGUGCUUCUGAGAACCCCAUGAGCUCCACAUCACCUAGACGCAGGGGGCGCCCUCCUUCCUCCCCCUCUGGUGCUACCUCAGCGUAUUCCCCUCGGCAAGGAGCCACUGGAGAUCCCCCCCCAAGCAUUUUCCUCUCCCAAUGCCACUCCCCAAGGAUUCAGCAACAUUUCAAAGUUACACCACAUGAAACUGCAGAGGUACCUCAAGAUUUCUGUGCCUCGUUAGAGCCAGAGGAUGCUGCAGGAAUACCAGAAGAGGGUGUGUCCAUGAUUACAGUCAUUGCUGAUCACGACCCAGCACCACCUUCCUCGGAUCAAGAGUUGCUCUCCACACACUUUGAUGCAGAUGCUGAUGUGGAAGUAGGCUCCAUGCUGAAUGCAAAGCUGGAAUUUGAUGAAGUUCUGCUGAAUGAGGACAUCCCUUUGCACAGUGGUCCACAUGGCAGUGGAGCAGUAACACGGGAUCUUGAAGUCGCAUAUGGAGCACAAUCUGGAGAGAACAGCCUGCUAGGUGAAAGACAAGAUCCAGGUGCAGAUAGCACUAGAUACAACUCUAGUGUAAAAGACAGUCCUGGCUUUGCAGCUCCUGAAGACAGUCCUGGCUUUGCAGCUCCUGAAGGGCAGAUUGAGUUAGACUCAGCUGAUGAGGACUCUGGGCAUUACAUUAACUUCUCUCGCACAGUACUGGUUUGUGAGUCUGCCAGGGACUCUCCACAGACAAGUUUAACUGUCCUUCCUACCUCACAGUCCAUUUCUCAGUUGGAUGGAGCAGACAAUGAUUCAGAAAGUGAUGCAGACGAAGCCAGUGGAGGUGAUACUCAGGAACUAGUCAGUAGUUAUAAUAGACAAUAUACUGAGCCAUUGAAAGGCAUCACCCCUUGCAUGGAAAAUAACUAUGGAAGCAAGCUAGUUUGCACUAGCACAGCAGAGUCUGUGGUAGAAUUAACAAACGAUGUUAGUGAGCCAGACAUUUUGGAAACAGAUUUGGUAGAACAAAGUUGUGAAAUACAGGAAUUUCAGGUGUCAAAACCUUUACCAGAGAAUGAGGAGAUGCUUGUUGACUCUGUUACUGAAGUAUUCUCUUCACAAGAAGAUAUGUCUAUGGAGGAUUUAAUGGUGCAAGAAUCGCAGCUGGAACCUGUAGUAGAAAUUCAAGAUUCAAUGUCCUCUUCCCAUGCCUUUGACCCAAGCAGUGACCUUAUUACUAGACAUGAGGACAUUUUGAUGGACCAUCAACCAAUAGAGGGUUUAAAUGAGGUGUUAUUAGAUCCUGCCAGUGGUAAUUUUGUCUCUGCUCAAGAUGGCAGCAUAAUGUAUGCAUGUGAUUCCUUGUCACUGGAUUUGUUACACCAGGAUGUAAAAGUGCCAAAACAGAUCAAGUUGCUAGAGCCUACAGUAAAAGAGACAUCAGCUCUUCCUUUUAACAGUGUUGGAAAAGUGCAAAUAAUUGCUUCAGGUCUACCCCCACAAAGGAGUUUUAUUAUCCCACAGCCUACAGCACAGCACAGGGUAGUCAGAAUGACUUUACCUGCUGGUACAUCAUUUCCUUUAUCUGUGCCUGUGAGCAUGGCUUCUACUUCAUUGGCAUCCUCAGUUUUUGCACAAAAUACCCCUGCUGUCAGUUCUUCGGUUGUAAUUAAUGGUCUGGAUACUGUUCCCAAGGAUACCACAAGGAGCAGAACUGUUGCCAUUCGCAUUGCUCCUGCCAGAAAACCAAGUGUGGCUGACACAGCCUCCACCCCACAAGUUUUGCUUGUUAACCGUUCUGGUCAGAUUUUAAUAAAAGACCCACAGACCAAUACUUACCAGAUGCCUACUGCCAAUUCACCAUCCUACACCCAAAUUAGCCAGAUUGCUCAGAUCAUUCACAGUCGUAACCUUGGAUCACGAUCUAUCCCAAGGGUUAUUGUAGCACCUGUGCCACAGGCAAGCCUCAGCCAAGGUCCAACCACACAUGUAGUAUCAUAUACUAAUGGACCUGCACCUUCAAGUAAAAUUUUAAUCAGGAGGCUACCUCAGAAACCUUCAGAAGCAAGAAUGAACAGUGGCAAUGUGGCUGUGAGAAGAACCAGUGGUGUAAGAGUCAAGAAUGUUUCUGUGCUAGACUCCUCAAUAUCAGAAAGGAGCCAAAGAGAUGAGGCACAGUCUAUAAUUGAGAGAGCCAUGGCAAGUCACCGGGAAAUGGCAAUCCCUGGUGUUCUGAGCCAAUGCCAAUACCAGGUUCACCCAUACCUCAAUAAGAUCCACUCUCCUGAAUUGGUUGAACAGUCUCUGAGAUUGCAUCACCAGAAUCAACCUGACAUUCUGUCCCAUUCAAGGUCUCAGGUCAGGGUCAAAAGAGUGUCCUCAGUGUCAGAUCGAACUGGUGUAAAAAAAUCCAGGACGGACUUCACAGAGCAGACAGUUCAGGAUGAGCUCAACAGAGCCAAUAAAGUCCGCAUUAAGGCCCCAACUGUUAAGGAGGUGCUAGACUAUGACCAACAUGAAGUUGAAAAUGUGGAAGAACCAAAGAUUGAUGAACCCAAAGAAUAUGAGAGCAAAAGAAUUGGUGCAAAGGAAUGUGAACCUGAUGAACCCCAGGGAAGAGAAAAGUGUGGUCAGGGCAAAACCCAUGUAUGGGUCAGCUCCAGAAACAGUGACCUCUCUGACUGGGGGCCCUGUGCAGGUUGGAGCUCAGAUGAGGACUCUCCAUCACCCUUUAAACAAGAGCAGGAUGGGUGUUCCACAUACGACCAGCCCCAUCUGCUCUUCAAAAUUACUAGCGAUGAUGGCUUCAGUGUGGAGGCAGACAGCAUAGAGGUGGCAUGGAAGGCGGUGGUGGAUGGUGUCCAAGAGGCACGGGCAGGCUGUCAGCUUGAGCACUUGCCUUUGGGAGGAAUGAGUGGAGCCAGGGUGCUGGGUGUUGUUCAUGAUGCUGUACUGUUCCUGCUGGAACAACUGCAGGGUGCUGCCCAGUGCCAGAAGCACCAGUUCCGUUUCCAUCAACAUGAAAAACCUGAGCAAGAGCUGCCAGUAAACCCUAGCGGCUGUGCUCGCGCCGAAGUCUAUUCACGGAAAUCCACAUUUGAUAUGUUCAACUUCCUGGCCUCUCAACACCGCCAGCUCCCAGAGAGCAGGCCAUGUGAUGAAGAUGAGGACGAAGUCAAGCUCAAAUCUAGCAGACGUGCCACCAGCAUGGAGUUACCAAUGGCAAUGAGGUUCCGACACCUUGAGAAAACAUCUAAAGAAGCUGUUGGGGUUUAUAGAUCUGCCAUUCAUGGACGUGGACUUUUCUGCAAGAGGAACAUAGAAGCUGGAGAGAUGGUGAUUGAGUAUGCUGGUAAUGUCAUUCGUUCAGUGCUUACUGACAUGCGGGAGAAAUAUUACGACAGUAAGGGUAUUGGCUGUUACAUGUUCCGCAUCGACGACUUUGAUGUGGUGGAUGCCACCGUGCAUGGAAAUGCAGCACGUUUUAUUAACCACUCUUGUGAGCCCAACUGUUAUUCACGAGUCAUUAACGUGGAAGGCCGGAAGCACAUUGUCAUAUUUGCCCUGAGGAAGAUCUACCGUGGAGAGGAGCUCACUUACGAUUACAAAUUUCCCAUUGAAGAUGCCAGCAACAAGUUGCACUGUAACUGUGGAGCUAGACGUUGCAGGCGCUUCCUGAACUAGGAGUACUUACUUCUCUCACAUGUACAACUUGAAUGAGGGGAUCCAUAUUAUAGAUAUUGAAGGUACUCAGGGGUAAUAUAGGAAAUAAGUAAAUAAGGGAGGAAUUUGUGCAUUAAAGGAAACAUUUUAGCUUAAAUUAACACCCAUUUAUGACUUUGAAAUUUGCCUAGUUUGUGAAACCCUUUUUUUUUUUUUUUUGGACCAAGCACCAGCACAUCUGGCCGAUCAUUUAAAAAAUGAAGACAGGUUUUUUUGUUUUUUUUGUUUUUUUUGUGUGGUGGUGGUUUUGUUUGUUUUUUAAUUUAAUAAUCUUUUUACGUUUAGUUUCCCGUUCACACUUUGUCCUGCUUAAUAUUUUUCUUACAGAAUAUCAGUAACCUUUGAAAACACAGCCCUUUUAUUUAGUUCUUGCUUAGCUAUCUAGCCCCUUUUCAGCAUAAUUAUUAAACAUAUUUUGCUCAUACAUUUCCUGAAGUUGACUUAAUGACUGCUCCCAGCUGUAGUGCACUUCCUAAGUUCAAUAGUACUCCUGAGUGUAAGUUCAAUAUUAUGAUUCAACAGCAUUCUUGUAUUUUUGCUACUGAUUUGGAAGAGCUCAUUGAUUGAGAGUCCUCCAUUAGCACCUUAUCAGUGUUGCUCUGUAUUUUAUUGCAGAGCAGUAGAUUAUUAUAACCUGUUACUGGAAGUUUUUCAUUGAACAUUUUUAAUAAAGGUGCUAAUGAAGGCACCAGAAAUAUUUUCACUGCGCUUUUUAAAUUCUAAACAGCUUUGUUUCCCUUGUGAUGACUGUGGUUUGUGAGCCAGUUUGUGACACCAGAAUUUGGAUGACUACAUCUGGGUACUUGUACAGAUUUUAAUUUUUUUUAGCCCAUUCAAAGGGUAUCCAUAAUAGUGAGGAAUUUAAGUUCUGUGUAUUUAAAUGGGAGGUGCUUGACGUUCUGCUGUGGGCAAAUUAUUUUUAAAUGUCCCGUCCCAUCCCCACUUAAACGUUAGUUUUUAUAUGUUCUUUACAGUGCUUUGGGAAUUACUCAGUUACAUUUGUCAUAAGGUAUGAAACCUAUCAGCUGUACCCAAUUUCCGUAAUUGCAAUGUCAAAGUAUAAAACAGGAAUGUACAGCUGCUUUUUAUAGCCAUGUGUUUUUCUUUUAAAAAUAUCUUUACAUCUGACCAUACCCUCCGCAGGUCUACUACCUCAGUGGCUUAUGACCAGUGAUAGCUAGUAUAAUAAAAUUAACUGUAGCACAAAUUUACAAAGUUUGCUUUGGUUCUACACUAGCAUUUAUUUUAUGCAACAUGACUGCAGAUUAUAAUUGUUUUCUGCUUUCAAUAGGCUUUAGGUCCUCCCUCCUUGUGCUUUUGUACAGAAUGUUUUGUUUACUUGACAUGAAGAGUAAGGAUUGAGUCCCUAAAUUUAGCAUGAUGAACUCUUGUUAUUUAGCACAUAUGUAUAUAAUUGUACAAAGAUUUUGAACCCUGUAAAAUUUUUCUAUGCACUUUUUAUUUAUGAUGAACCAAACAUAAUAAAGAUCCUAAAAUGUUUGA